CCCGGCGCUCCGGCUCCCGGAAGCGGAAGGGGAGCGCGGCCGGGCCUGGGAGACGGCGGCGGCGCCGGAGGAGGAGGAGGAGGCGGAGGGGGAAGAGCCGCUGGCGGCCGCGAGAGCACGGGCGGCGAGAGGCGAGCCCGCCGGCGCCGGGACUGAUUCAGAACCUGUGGAAAAGUUCAUGGAUAACAUAAUGUCAUGUAUUAGUGGAGAAACUAAUUGAGAAGUCUAGUAUGGUCUCCAUGGAGCUUUUUUCUGGGAUUGAAAUGGAGUAUCCUCAUGGAGAACUGUUACUGAGGAGAGAUCCAUUUGUUGGGAUGUAAUUAAAAAAAGAAUGAAUCAAGAUAAAACCUCUAAAUGCAAGUACCAGAAAAAUUACAACACAUCUUGGUGAAUUUCCAAUUGGGUCGUCUCCCUUGUGGGUCGGCAGGCACUUGGAGGACAGCAAAAUGGGCCUCCGGAUUCACUUUGUUGUUGACCCACAUGGUUGGUGCUGCAUGGGUUUGAUUGUCUUUGUCUGGUUAUACAAUAUUGUCUUAAUUCCCAAGAUUGUCCUCUUUCCUCACUAUGAAGAAGGACACAUUCCAGGCAUAUUAAUAAUAAUAUUCUAUGGCAUUGCCAUAUUUUGUCUGGUUGCUUUAGUGAGGGCCUCAAUAACUGACCCGGGAAGACUCCCAGAGAACCCUAAGAUUCCACAUGGAGAACGGGAGUUCUGGGAAUUAUGUAACAAAUGUAAUUUGAUGCGACCAAAGCGUUCUCAUCACUGUAGCCGCUGUGGCCACUGUGUUAGGAGAAUGGAUCAUCACUGUCCGUGGAUUAACAAUUGUGUUGGUGAAGAUAAUCAUUGGCUUUUUCUGCAGUUGUGUUUCUACACAGAACUUCUUACUUCGUACGCACUGAUGUUUUCUUUCUGCCACUAUUAUUACUUUCUUCCACUGAAAAAGCGUAACUUGGACCUCUUUGUUGUUCGACAUGAAUUGGCCAUAAUGAGACUAGCUGCCUUUAUGGGCAUUACUAUGUUAGUUGGAAUAACUGGACUUUUUUAUACUCAACUAAUUGGCAUCAUCACAGAUACAACAUCCAUUGAAAAGAUGUCAAACUGUUGUGAAGAAAUAUCGAGGCCCCGAAAGCCAUGGCAGCAGACCUUCUCAGAAGUUUUUGGCACUCGUUGGAAGAUCCUGUGGUUUAUUCCUUUCAGGCAGAGGCAACCACUGCGAGUUCCCUACCACUUUGCCAAUCACGUCUAAACAGAUGGAUGGUGGGCACAGAUGGGUCCUCCAUGCUGGAAAUUUUUCAAAACACUUAUAUAGUGUCCUUAAAACUGCAACUUGAAGUGGUUAAAAUUUCUGGCAAGAAGAUAACUGUUCAUGUAUUGGAAAAGUAGACAAUCACAUUUGAAAAUGUUUUACAUCAUUUUCAGUCAACUGAAAUCAAAUCUCUCCUUGAAUGUAGAUACAAUAUAUGGUUUUGCAGUGAUUUCUGAAUGGAAAAAAAAGAGUCAAGUCUGAAACUUAAAUGGAAUAUGACCUAGGAUCAUUUGAAUUAUAUAUAGAAAUAACAGAUGUACAUGCCAUUAGAGGUAAAAGGACAAUUUAUUUGUAAGCAAAAUGGAAAGAAGCAACAUUAUGUCUCUAAUUGUCAACAAUAUAUUUCCUAGAUUCUGUUGCUGCAAUAUUGGUUCUGAGUUAUUUGGCUUGUUUAUUACUUAAAUUUCUGUGGCUGAAUGCAAUUACUUGUUCAAGUUAUUGGUAGUGGAGAGUUCACCACUAUUUGUUGUCCUCCCGCGAUGAAUAUUAAAAAGAAGUUCUACUUUAGGUAGAAUGAAACAACUAUGAUGAUCCACUAGGAAGACUUCCUCCACAAUCAGAGAAGUAAGUUGCGAAUCUAAGGGGGCGGGGGGGGGGCACCUUAGCCUUUGGGAGGCCUGAGCACAGACAACCAUGCUUGUGUGAGCUGUGUGUCAACAGAGUAGUCUUUUUAAAAAUAUGACUGGUGAGCUUAAUGAAUGGGCAAAAUCUGUGAUAUUUUGGGGUCUCCUAAAAUUUUGUGUCAACCUCAAACUGUGUCUAAUGUUAUAUCCUUAAAAUAAAAGACUUUGAAUAGUGGUAUGUUCCAAGUGCCAUGUAAGGAUCCUGUUUUCGAAUGUGUCAGGCAUGUUUUCUUAAAUCUGAGUGCUGCUUGGCUGCAUUGUCUGUUUAACCUUGUCUGGUCCCUCAAGAGCAUUUAAAGAAAAUCUUCAGUAACAUUUCUAGUGCUGAUGGUAACAGGGAAAAUAAUGGUUGAGAGAUUGGAGGCCAGACUUAAAAGAGGGAAGAAGAUGACAAGUAGGAGCCAUGUAUCUGAGAUACACUUGUUUAAAUGAAAGAUCUACACUGGUUCUUAAAAUGAAAAACCAUGUAUCUACCUUAAGAACAAUGUUUUGUGUGUUUUUUUUAAUUUAUUUUAGUGAUUUAGUUUUUAUUCCUGCAAUAUUUGUUUUCCUU